CGAAACACUGCCACGUGUGCUGCAAACCGGUAACCGCUGUUGUCUUUACCGGUUUUUUGUCUGGGGUGGGGGAAGGAAGGAAGCUCGCUUGCUGCCAGCGGUGACUACGAUGGGGCUCUCUAUUCUGAACCCGACGCUCGCGGGAACUCGUGCCAAGCCGGACGAGUGAGCGGGGAGCUCGGAGAGCGCGAACCUCCCGACCAGCGGCCCCCGGGCUGGGUGGACGUGCCGGGAGUGACCCUGGGGAGCGGCGAGCGCCAGGAAGGGGAAGCGGAGGAGCGAGGCGACGCGGAGCCGAUGGAGGUGGACGCGAUGCUGUCCGAGCCGGACUACGGGGACGAAACCCCGGGCCUCAUCAAGCCCAAGAAGCUGAUUAACCCCGUGAAGGAGUCUCGUCGGCACCAGGACAUGCACCGGGAGCUGCUCAUGAAGAAUAAGCGGGGCCAGGGUCUGCAGCCCAAGCCUGAGCUGCUGCGUGUGCUCGACCAGCGCAAGUGGGAGCAGCGCGUGGGGCGCCAGCGGCACCACCUCCACCAUGACGAGGAGCCGGAGCCCAACGCCGCCCUGCAGCAGGAGCUGCUCAAGCGCUUCCAGCGCCUCGAGCAGCUGGACCGCGAACUCGAGUUCCCCGGCCCGGGGGGGGAGCAGCCGGGCGGCGGUUCCGGCGGAGCGACCAUCCCCGAGUUCAUCCGCGUGCGCGACAACUUGCGCCGCACGCGCAUCGUCACCAUGGAGACGGAGCAGGGCACGGCAUGACGCCCGCGGGAGGGGGGGGGGGGCACCAGCGUCCACGACGACGAGGUCAACUGUGACGAUCUCGGGCCUCGGGUCGGCACGGAGAAGGGGGAGAACCACCCUGACGAGCGGAGCUCCCGUGCCGGAACCCGGCGAGGGUGGACUCGGACAUGGCACGGUGAACAGAGCCGAUGUUACGCACAUACACACUGCGAGUGUCCUCUACACUGAAUGUAUAUAUGCGUGUGUGUGUAUAUGUGUAUGUGUGUUUGUGUCUUUGUGUCUGCGUGAGAGAGAUUGUAGAGUUUCCCAUACCUGGGCAGUGUGCUUAUGACCGGCUCCAGUUUAACAGCAGAGGUCUCACUCCGAAUCAGUCGAGCGGCAGUAUCUUUUCAUCGGUUGCGUAACGCUGUGUGGAAGCUACCUGGUCUGUCGCUCCGCACGAAGCUUCAGGUUUUCUCGGCAAUAGUCAUUCCCUCCCUUCUCUACGCUUGCGAAACGUGGACCCCCCUAAUGGAGCAUCUUCGCCGGUUGGAAACAUUUAGGCUGGCCUGCCUACGAUCCAUCCACGAUCGAUAACGAGUACCGCUCGACGAGAUGGAUUGCACUGGCCAUAGGAAUGUGGAAUCCACCGCGUGAGCCGUGGAUGUUAGCCACGGCCAGGAAUCUCACUCGGCCCUGGCUGAGCGGUGGGUGAUAUCCAUUGGUGAGAUUGAGAACGGUGGCGAUUCGUGUUCAUUUAUUGUAAUACAUAUACAGAGCUGGCCAGGUCACAUUCUAUGUGACGCUCAGUUGGAAACAUGGAAGUUGAAAUCCAAAUGUGGAAAAUGACUUUCAUCCCGUCGUCCUUUGGGGUCAUUAAAAUUAGAACCAAAUUGCGGGACGUGAAUGAUCGUUGUGCUUUGGAGUGACUAUGCACGGACAUGGGAAUGUGGAAUUCCUAUCCCUGGGGCAGGACCAUGAAUGUUUGCGAGUGCUGCCCAACGCUUGUUUGAAUGGUGUGACUGUUGUGAAUGUUACAAAAUCCGUGUUUUGUCAGCAUUUCAUUAUACACUGUACAGUUUCCACUUUUGUGGAAUGUGUUGUAUGUCAAGGACUGCAAUUAAUGUGCACAAUUCUCUGUUCACUGUGCACACUCCAUGGCUGUCAAGGGAAAGUGCCGAUUGUUGAAGUGCAAACAAUUGACAUUUUAGCAAGGAAAAAUGUGUUUUACAUCGACUUCAUAUAUACACAGAGUAUAUACAGUGUGUCCAUAGAGGUGUCAUCUGUUCAUAAAUCUUUAUUGACGGCAGUUGUUACCUUGCUCAGCAAAACGAGCCACACGCACGCGUGGUCGCGCGAGGAUGUUCACCGUACGAAUCUCGUCCCGCUCGUCCUCCUCGUGGCGUUGGCCUCACAUCCACGUCGGAGGGCGGCCCAGGCGCUUGCCGCAACGCUUCUCUGCUGUCACGCGCCGCCGAAGGUCACUCAGCCUCUUGGUAAACACACUGCCGACGGUCAAAUGUUCCCCGAUUUAAAGUCGGGUCACGGUGACUUACUGCUCAAAUGAGUUGAUGCUCCCCUCCAGUUUACAGCCCAGAGGCAGUGGUGGAAAUUUCACAUUCCUAUGGCUGGGGCGUGUAUCUUCUAGGUCAACCACGGUUGACUUCUCCACAAAGUGGUCGUCGCGUCGUCGGCACGAUGGGCUGAGUCGACUCCCAACCAGGGUCUGAACUCUGGUUGCGAGCCACUCGCUCUAACGCUGAGCCACCUGGCUCUAAAUCUGAGCCACCUGGCUCAAUUCUUUAAUAAAGGAUGAUAGUUUAAUGGACACGCUGUAUAAUGUACGCAUACUGUAUGAUGAUACACGUACUGUAUAGAGUUACUCGUAAAAACCAUUGCAAAGUAAGCAUCGUGGAGCAGGAAAGCUAUUACGGUGGCCGGCGCAUUGUUGACAAGUGCAAUGUGCCGGUCAUUCAUGUGCAUCGGAAACAUCUGACGACCCAUUGCGAGAAUACUGACGUUGUGAACUGCAGAGAAGAAACAUCUCAAAUGCAAGUGGCGAUGUGGGCUGCUACAAAAAAAUUGGCCAUGGAUCUGCAAGACCAGCUAACUUUGAAUGCCAUACCAAGUGUACGGAUUUGAAUGUUAUUGACCCAAAGAAGAUCUCAAGUUUGUGUGUCCAAGAUGCUGCCAGUGCAUGCGGUGAAGAGGUCUGGCGGCAGGACGGGUCCUGACGGAUCGGUGGGGUGCGGACUUGAAUGUGAGACACUGGGAACGAGAGACGUCGCUGUAAAAUCAAGAAGUUCGCUCGCCCUGCGGUGAGAACGAUUCUGUAUUAAAGACAAAACGGCCUUAUUUAAGACGCCAGACAUUUAUGCGUGUGCGAUGCUAUUUAAAGCAUUUCUGAAAACCUUUUAAAUCCUGGAUAUGAAGGGAAUUUCACUUGGACUACAGUUGCUUCACACUGCCAAGGUUUACGUUUAAUCAACCCAGCGGCGAUGGUAUUACCAAUGCCCAGCCGUCUAAGAUCUGACCGUUUAUUUCGAUGCAUUGUAGACAAUCGAUGAUUUUUGUUCUCAACCGGGGAGGAAUGCUGCUCUGAGGCUGACAAUGUUGAGUCUGAUGCGAGUGCCCUGCGUGUGGGUGUGGAGACGCUUCGUUUUGACCGCAGAUUUGCGGGGCUCUGCCUCGCACAGAUCGCCAGUGAUGGCACAGUCAUGAUUGGUGGAACAAUGACCCCAAAGCUCUCUUACCGCUGGAUAAAUGUUACAUUGAGCGAUCAAUUAACGGGCAGCUUCUUUCCAAGCCUCGUGUCGAGCCCCCUUUAAACAAUCCACGGGAAUGUGUUUUCGUAAGUAACUGCACUGCUCAUCGUGCUGCGUAAAUGUUGAAUAUCGCUAAAAUGUUGCACAAGUGCUCAUACAAGGCGACUUGUUGCUGCCGUUCGGUCGCCGUGCCCACGCGUGGUCUGAACGUAGCAGUGGUCUGAACGUUCGCGCGAACGCGUUUGAGCAAAAGUUGCCGGGUGGCAGCGCUGACCUCGCAGUCUGCGAGUUCAAGUCCCGGUCGGGGAUCGGCUGGGCCCUCCUCUGUCCCCUUGUGGGGAGGUCGACGGCGAUCGUCCUCGUCAUAGGAGUGUGGAAUUUCAAAAAACUGGUUUAAGACCAUCAGUAGAGGCGAUCGCUUCCUUUGCUCGUUAAAGUGUAGACGCAGCUCGGACCUCACGAAAUGUCGGUAUCGGUUGUGAAGGAAUUCACGGUGUGGUGACGGCUCGUUGACAAGACACCCAGUUCGCAGGUACCGGCGUUUAAUGUCUCUCUCUCUUUCCGUGCGGUGUCCUUUGCUUUAAUAGCAGGCGAGGGCAGGCACACGGCCAACGGAAUGAAAGGGAUUAAGGUUUAAAAUUACUCUUGAUUUGAGCGAUAAUGGGUUAUUGUUCGUGCGGUUACAUCUGUGACGCAAAGGUUGUUGUAAUGAAAUCAUCUUGAUGACAGUCAUGCAGAUGACAAGGGCAAGGCAUUGUUCAUCCAUUUGGAAAAGAGAUGAGUCAUGUGAAUUGGUGAUGCUGUGAAUAAUCGUAAAGAUCAUAACAGUGACUAACCGCAAUGAGGAUUAUAGAUGGCAAUUCAUAUAAUGUUCAGAGAUGUCUCACAAAGUUAACAUUGACUAAACACUGUAGCUUCACCGAUUUACAGUUAUUAAAGAAGCAGCGAACUCUGGGGAACAUGUGGCUGAACACGUCAGUGUUAACUGGUUGAUAUAAAACACUGUACCUAUCAUACUGUAAAUCUGACUUAAAGCUUUCGUGACUGCAGGAAUUCAUAUUCUUUGAGUCUUUCGGUAAAGUCACGUAGAUAGGUUCAAACUUAUAAGU